AUGACCGGGUUGAGUUAUGAUUCUGAAGUCCAACAGUGGCUCGAUUACGAUAGAGAACAUCUAUGGCACCCAUAUACGUCAAUGCAGAAGCCAUUGGAUGUUUAUCCAGUCAAAUCCGCUAAAGGGGCUACUAUUACUUUAGACAUCCAAGAGAAUGAGAAAUCAACGUUGAUUGAAGCAAUGUCAUCCUGGUGGUGUAUGAUUCAUGGUUACAAUAAUCCUGAAAUCAAUGAAGGCUUAAUUAAUCAGAUAAACAGCUUCUCUCACGUCAUGUUCGGUGGGCUCACCCAUAAGCCAGCAGUUACUUUAGUUAGGAAGCUUAUUGACUUAAUCAAUCAUGAAAAGUUACAAUUCUGCUUUCUCGCUGAUUCUGGGUCUGUUGCGGUAGAAGUUGCCUUAAAAAUGGCACUUCAAUACCAGCUUACUAGAAAUAACAAUAAAACAACCAGAAGCAAGUUUUUAUCUAUCAAUAACGGCUAUCAUGGAGAUACACUAGGUGCCAUGAGUGUUUGUGAUCCCAUAAAUUCCAUGCAUUCGAUAUAUAAGGGAUAUCUACCAGAGAAUAUAUUUGCCUCUGCACCUACUGUGAUAGAAACAACGCCGACAUCAGCAAUAUUCAAAAAUCAUCCUGAAUAUUUUCACAACAUCUGUGCUUGGGACGAGAACGAUAUAGAGGAUUUUAAACUUAAAAUGCAAACUCACCGGGAUGAAAUCUGUGCAGUAAUAUUAGAACCAAUUUUACAAGGCGCGGGUGGGAUGAGAAUAUAUCAUCCACAAUUCUUAAUUGAGGUACGAAAACUUUGUAAUAAAUUCCAGAUUCCGCUUAUUAUGGACGAAAUUGCCACUGGUUUUGGAAGGACGGGAGCAAUGUUUGCAUUCCAUCAUUGUAAAGCGUUUCAGGAAAUUAGCGAAAUUCCUCGAAAAGAACAAGUGGAUGUUUAUCCUGAUAUUAUCUGUGUCGGAAAAGCCUUAACUGGCGGCUAUAUGACUUUAAGCGCAGUAGUAACUACUGCUGAAAUAAAAGAUGUGAUUUCAAAACCAGAAAGCAUCACUGGAGGCUGUUUCAUGCACGGUCCCACGUUUAUGGGCAAUCCUCUCGCCUGUAGUGCUGCAAAUAUUUCUCUUGAUAUUUUGUCGAGAGGUGACUGGCAUAAUCAGGUAUCACAGAUCGAAGAGCAGCUAUUUCAAGAGCUAUACCUCCCUUUAAAAAAUGAUAAGACUUUGAUGAAUACAAUAAUUGAAAAUGUUAGAAUCAUUGGUGCUGUCGGAGUUGUUGAACUAAAGAAACCCAUUACACCGUCCUGGUUCCACGACCAAUUUGUUAAGAGGGGAGUUUACAUUCGUCCUUUCAAUAGACUUGUCUACAUCAUGCCACCGUAUAUUAUCCACAAAAAAGAAUUAACCAAAGUUACUUCCGUGUUGAUAGAAGUGCUUCGAGAGUGGAAGCUUUACCUCGCAACCGCGGAACAAGACCGGACCUCACAAAGCACUUAG